AUGUCUGCUCCUGCUCUUCGUCUGGGCUCUACCGCCCCCAACUUCCAGGCCGAGACCACAAAGGGAAACAUUGACUUCCACGACUUCAUCGGCGACAGCUGGGUCAUACUCUUCUCCCACCCCGAGGACUUCACUCCCGUCUGCACCACUGAGCUCGGUGCCUUUGCCAAGCUCCAGCCCGAGUUCACCAAGCGCAAUGUCAAGCUGAUUGGUCUCUCCGCCAACACCAUCCAGUCUCACGAGGGAUGGAUCAAGGACAUUGGUGAGGUUACCGGCGGUAACGUUGAGUUCCCCAUCAUUGGCGACAAGGAGCGCAAGGUUUCUCUCCUCUACGACAUGAUCGACCAGCAGGAUGCUACCAACGUUGAUGAGAAGGGCAUUGCUUUCACCAUCCGAUCCGUCUUCAUCAUCGACCCCAAGAAGACCAUCCGCACCAUCUUCUCCUACCCUGCCUCCACCGGCCGCAACGCCGCCGAGGUCCUCCGUGUCAUCGACUCCCUCCAGACCGGUGACAAGUACCGCAUCACCACACCUAUCAACUGGGUCCCUGGUGAGGACGUCAUUGUCCACCCCUCCGUCAAGAACGAGGAGGCCAAGACUCUGUUCCCUGAGUUCCGCAUCGUCAAGCCUUACCUUCGAUUCACCCCUCUUGCCAAGGAGAAGGUUCUCCCCCAGUAA